UCGACUCCCAAAUUUGACACAACUUUCGGAAUCGGUUCAAAGAGUCGAUUCGCUCGCUGAACAAGUGCAGUACAAGCACGUACAGCACAGAGGGAGAAAUAAACAGGAACUGAGUGGAGCUGUACCGUGCCUGAGAGUACAUUGUUCCCAACUACACGAUUAAAUUACAGGAACAUGGCAUCUGCUUUAAUGUCACAAGUACCUCUGGUUCAAAAGUCUAACAGACUGCUUUACUCUGUCAAGUCCCACUUCCACACCAGCAAUGGAUUGUCCUCCAAGGAGCAUUAUAAGUUUGUGGUGCUUGGAGGUGGCUGUGGUGGUAUUGCAAUGGGCGCACGCAUGAAAAGGAAAGUCGGUGCAGAACAUGUGGCCAUCGUGGAGCCCAGCGAGAUGCAUUAUUACCAGCCCAUGUGGACGUUAGUAGGGGCCGGAGCUAAAACCGUUAGCGCAUCUGGACGCUCCACUGCCAGUGUGAUGCCCUCUGGAGUCAAAUGGGUCAAGUCCAAAGUCAUGAAGCUUGACCCGAAAAACAACACUGUCUUCACAGAGUCUGGGAAAGAAAUUUCCUAUGACUACUUGAUUGUAGCACUUGGCCUGAAGCUCAACUAUGAGAAGAUUAAAGGACUUCCAGAAGGUUUCGAACAUCCAAAGAUUGGAUCAAAUUAUUCCCUGGCAACAGUGGAGAAGACCUGGAAAGCAUUACAGAACUUCAAGCAGGGAAAUGCUGUGUUUUCCUAUCCCAACACUCCUGUGAAAUGUGGAGGAGCUCCUCAGAAGAUCAUGUACCUUUCUGAUUCCUACAUGAGAAAGACAGGAAAGCGGUCGAAAGCCAACAUCAUUUACAACACAUCAUUGCCUGUGUUGUUUGGUGUGAAGAAAUAUGCUGAUUCGCUCUGGGAAAUUGUGAAAAGUCGGGACCUGAACAUAAACCUCCGACACAACCUUAUUGAGGUCCGAGCCGACAAGCAGGAAGCGGUAUUCGAGAACCUUGAUAAACCUGGAGAAACAAAGGUUUUUGAGUAUGAGAUGCUCCAUGUUACCCCUCCUAUGGGACCACCACCCGUGCUUCAGGGAUCUUCGUUGGAGGAUGUAACUGGCUGGCUUAAUGUAAAUAAAGACACCCUUCAGCACAAGACGUACGCUAACAUCUUUGGAAUUGGGGACUGCACCAAUCUUCCAACUUCCAAAACCGCAGCUGCUGUAGCUGCACAAACGGCCGUCCUCGAUAGGACCAUUACCAAAGUUAUGAAAAAUGACAAGCCUGAUAAAAAGUAUGAUGGCUACACCUCUUGCCCUUUGGUGACCAGCUACAAGACGGUCAUCUUGGCCGAGUUUGACUAUGACGGACAACCUCUGGAGACCUUCCCAGUAGAUCAGAGCAAAGAAAGCAGAAUCAUGUAUCAUAUGAAAGCUGACAUAAUGCCCCAUCUGUACUGGCAUGGUCUUCUCAAGGGACUUUGGGGAGGCCCGGGACCAUACAGAAAAAUCAUGCACCUUGGAAUGAAAUAGAGGCUGUGAGAAAUAACUACAAAGCAAUAGCAACCCUUAGCACAUUCUACAUCCUUUGUGUUGACAUUUUAACCUUCAAAUACACAGCGAUUGGUGCGAUUGUAUGUAAAGAAAAAAGUUGCAGGGUUGUGCAGGUAUAUUCCAGAAACCGUACACUAUACAGUUUAAUUAUUUCCAGUGUGAACAUUUGAAUGUAAGUAUCUUUUUACGUAUAUUUUUAAGAAAUUGAGACCAAUGGUACUUUAAUACCACAUACCACAACACACUGCUGAAUUCUCUACUCCGGCCGGUCAGAAGGUCGAUUGAUUCAUUUUCUUUAACAGAUUGAAGCUCUGAUUGUAAUUCUAAUCACGGGUUUUAUUAUGGUAUUUAUACACAAAGUUGUGUAACAGUCAUGCCAUGUAAACAAAAUGUAAAAAAUAUUAAUAGUGAUAAUUGAUAGGAGGAUUUCUGUAAGGAGACUUCUUCAGCAUUUGUGGAAGGAGUCUCCAGUAUCAGGGCUUUGUAACAGUUUAAGAUAAGUUGUUGAUCAUGUGAAAUGCUUCAGGGUGCUACAGAGUGCUUUUUGGUUUCUUACUAACAUUUAAAGUAUUUUUUUAUUGUAUUACCUUUAAAAUAAAUAACAAAAAAUGAGGCCAGUGAGGGAACAAUUGUUUGUAGAUUUUUUUUUAACUAACUUUUAUAAACAUAACUAUAAACUAAAAAUAAAAAAUAUAAAAAAAUGAA